CCCACACGCAAUCGAGCAAAAAACCAUGUCGGUACCAAUAUAAAGUCAAUCCUUAUCCUGGUCAGAUCCUUCUCAGCCAGCCACAACCUCCUACCGCGCUGGCUGUUCCCUGCUCCAUUGACUUUUGCGAAAACUCCUUCACUUCCGCAUCGAUGCACUUGCGACUUCAUCUGGCCAACUGGAAACUACGCAUCAGGCCGUGAUGCCAACGAUCCCGAUGCCUCACAGUGGCUCCCAUGUCCUGGCUCAUCACAGAGAUUCCUUAGAGGGUACUGACCACCGCCACUCGAGAGAACGACGAAGAUCGCGAGAUGUGGAAGCUGAAGGAGCCGAGGGAAAUCAUCAUGUUCACAUAAAAGAAAACCCAGAAGUGGCACUGCAUAGACAUUCUGAAAAUGGGGGCGAGUCGCCUUUUCAUGGCCUACAUCGCACAGACACGGUGAACUCGAAGUCGACCAUGAAGUCCUUGCGCAGACGAGGCCGGUCAAACACAAAUACCGUGAUGUAUGGAGCCCAAGAUAUGGGCAGAACGUCAGGCUGGGCACCUGGGUUGGAGCCCGGUAUUGACACGAGUGAACCGGCACCGCCUUACAGUGAAGGUCAUCCGACCUCUGUACACUAUGAGACUUUGAGGCAGAGGUGUGAAAUCACGGUGGUGGAUUUCAGCAACGACGCAAUGUCGACGUUUGACUUGGAUAAUGAUAAUCUCGAGGACUUCCUGAAAAAGCCCGUUGAGCCGUGGGCUGAUGUCAGAUGGAUCAAUGUCAAUGGCUUGUCCUGGGAUGUCAUCAGGCUUCUGGGUAAUCAUAAACAUCUACAUCCACUCGCAAUCGAAGACAUGAUCAACACCAAAAAUCGGACGAAGGUCGACUGGUAUAGUGACCAUACGUACCUAGUCCUGCCUCUGCAGAAGCUCAUCAACCUGGACGAGCAAGAAGAUUACGAGUCUUCCGACGACGACGAUGACGAGUCUGAGGCCUCAAGAUCGAUCAGAGAUCACGAAUCAGAAUAUCAGACGCGAAUUCUCACAGAACGGCGCAUGCGCAAACGAUUGAAGAACAAGAAAGGUGCCCUCGUUGCGCUUUGGGAGGAUAUCUUCAAGCCCAAAAAGAGGAAACGGGACGCGACCACCAGCCCACCAGGUUCAUUUGAGCACAAUCAGAUCAACCCGUCCAACUCCUUCCGACAUGCCUCCAAGGUCGAGACACCGUGGGCGCCCAAGAAGGUCCGAACCAUGCAGCGAUACCACUCUGGUCCCAAUCAAGACCGCAUCGACUUCAUGGAGCGUCACGCCGUGCUACGCAACCGAGGGAUUGGCGUCUCGAUGGAGCAAGUUUCGAUAUUCCUCUGCUCCGACAGCACGGUCAUAUCUUUCUUCGAGUACUCGGCCCACGACGUCCAGACGCCCAUCAUCCGCCGUCUCCAGUCCCCGGGCACCAUCCUGCGGCAGUCCGCCGACGCGAGCAUGCUGGCCCAAGCCAUUCUCGACGCCAUGAUCGACCUUGCCAUCCCGGUGACGACGGCCUACCAAGACGCCAUCGGCGACCUGGAACUCGACGUGCUCACGAACCCGGACAUCCACGAGUCCAACACGCUGUACAUUCUCACGUCGGAGAUUUCCAUCCUCCGCAACGCCAUCGCCCCCGUCGUCCAGCUCAUCGGCGCCCUCAAGGACCACAAAUCCGACGCCUCGUCGGCCGCCGCGGCCCUCACGGGAUCCCGCGUGCCCACGCCGUCCGUGGCGUCCGCGGCCAACGGCAACCCCAUGGCGGCCACGCCCGCCGCGAAGAACGGCGGCGGCAGACCGCCCUACGCCAACAAGCAGCAUUCGACCUUCGCGUCGGGCGUGCAGAUCUCCCCGCUCAGCGUCACGUACCUGGGCGACGUCGAGGACCACGCCCUGCUGAUCCAGGACAGCUACGACCAGAUGCGCCGCGCGGCCGACAACCUGGUCGACCUGAUCUUCAACACCGUGUCGGCGUACCAGAACGAGAGCAUGAAGCAGUUGACCAUCGUGACCUGCUUCUUCCUGCCGCUGAGCUUCCUGACGGGUUACUUCGGCAUGAACUUUUUCCACUUCGACGGCGUCCAGCACCACUCCGACGCCUUCUUCUGGGUCAUCGCCGUGCCCGUCUCCUUCCUCGUCUUUCUCCUCCUGAUGAGGGACGUCAUGGCGCGCCACAUCACCCGGUGGGCGAACCGGAUGUUGAUCAAGAGAGGCCGCAAGAGGAGGUUGCAAAAGAGUUGAGCACGCUUUCUUUCUUUCUGGGGGUCCUUGUAAUUUGUAAUCAAUUGUACAGAUCUUGUUU